CGGGAAUCACUUGCAGUCAAGUGCGCGAUCCGUUCACAAGUCACAAGUUUUAAUUAAAUUUUAAUUAAUUCAUUAAGUGGGAAAAAUGUCUCUCGCCGAUCCCGUCGCCUUCAUGAAGGAUUUCCUCGCUGGAGGAAUUUCCGCCGCCGUUUCCAAGACAUGUGUGGCCCCCAUUGAACGUGUCAAACUGCUUCUGCAAGUCCAACACAUCUCCAAACAGAUUUCUGCGGACCAACGCUACAAAGGAAUGGUCGAUUGCUUUGUUCGUAUCCCCAAAGAACAAGGUGUUUUGGCCUACUGGCGUGGUAAUAUGGCCAAUGUCAUCCGUUAUUUCCCCACGCAGGCCCUCAACUUUGCCUUCAAAGACAAAUACAAGCAGAUUUUCUUGAGUGGUGUUGAUAAGAAAACUCAAUUUUGGCGCUAUUUCAUGGGAAAUCUUGCUUCCGGUGGUGCUGCUGGUGCCACUUCACUUUGCUUCGUAUAUCCCCUAGAUUUCGCCAGAACUAGAUUAGCCGCCGAUGUGGGCAAGGCGGGCGCCGAGCGCGAAUUCAGCGGUUUGGGCAAUUGUUUGGUGAAAAUCUUCAAAGCUGAUGGCUUGAUCGGUUUGUACCGCGGUUUCGGAGUCUCCGUCCAAGGCAUCAUCAUCUACCGUGCCGCCUUCUUCGGCUUCUACGACACAGCCAAGGGCGUUUUGCCCGACCCCAAGAACACCCCUCUUCUCAUUUCAUGGGCUAUUGCCCAGACUGUGACCACCAUCGCUGGUAUCGUCUCCUACCCCUUCGACACCGUCCGCCGACGCAUGAUGAUGCAAUCCGGGAGAAAGAAGACCGAAAUCAUCUACAAAAACACCAUCCAUUGCUGGGCCACCAUCGCCAAGACCGAGGGCACCGCCGCCUUCUUCAAGGGGGCCUUCUCCAACGUCCUCCGCGGUACUGGCGGCGCCAUCGUUCUUGUACUUUACGACGAAAUCAAGAAAUUGGUUUAAUUGAGAUUCUUCUAGUCUAGUAUCAUUUCGCACAUUUGAUCCACACUUUAGCUAAAUUUUUUCUUGUUUUCACUUUAAAUUGUGUCGACUAGUCAUUCCGGAUGGGGAAAUCAAAAAAUUUUUCUUUGAUUUGGCUGUCACCGCAUCCGUUGCGGCAUUUACAAGACGCAAUUACAAGUUUUCGAAAUAGAUAGAUGGAAAAAUGACCUUUUCAUGAUUAUUACUUGCCAAAAACUGUUGAACGGAUCGCCAUCGCCAAAUUGUACAUAAUUAUGUUGUUGAUGUUUAUAUAUUUUUGUCACAAAAGACCAGUGAUUACAUUAAUAAAAAUCUUGGUGUCAA